AUGGAAGCCUCUCCCUUAACCCAGCAGUCAAGACCUGACACCUUUCAGCCUAAGAUCGUCAAACUUUACGAGACUCUGUUUCUUAACCCCGAAUUCAUAGAACCAUCUGAAGGCUUUUGGAGGGAAUUCUUUCUUCUUACCCCAGAGAGGCAACGCUUAAGCGAUAUCCUAGACGGCAUCAGCCCUGAUGGUAUCUUACAGAUUUAUCUUCACACCCGACAGCUAUUCACCAGAGCCAUAAGAGAAGCAGCCUCUGACAAACAUCCUUCAAACCUGCAUGCUUUAGAGACCUUGACAACUUUCUUCGGGGUCAUCUUAACUAAGAAGUACACCAACCCGAGUUCUGAUAUCAUCACUGUUCUUGCUGGCAUCGAUGAAGUCGACCAUGUUAUCACGGACUUUGUUACUGCACUGGAUGGUAUCAUACGGAAUGGAACUAGCAUUGAGAUCCGUAUGAAGGCUAUUGAAGCCGCAAUAUCAAUGACCAGCGGAGGUUAUAAAACGAGUCUCAUCUCGUAUUUUAUGCAUCGGGAUAUUUUCCCUGUCCUGAUGAAGUUUAUUCAUGAUUCGGACUCUCGCACCCUAGUUUUUGAGCCAUUUGUCCUCUUGGGUCUUUUAUCAAACUAUAACAAGUUUGAGUUCCAAAACCUUUACCAACUACGACUUGAUGAUUUUGUGAACGAAUCUACUAUUCAGAAAAUAGUCAACGGGGCGGGUGCAACAUGCAUUGCUCUGCGGAACGGCUAUGUUGCAGUCCGGGACGAUCUCCCAGAAGGUUGGAACUUGAGUUCAACCUUGGCCUUUUUCGGGCUUGGGAUUUUGGCGCCCGGUCGUAGGGCUAGGGCACAGCCAUUAACGCCAGAAGAAACUAAAGCACGAUUUGGAGCUUUACCCGCCCCAGAAGCGUCCAUACUAUUGGCUAUUUAUGAUUUUGUCAACGCAAAUAAAAUAUUUGGCUUCAGCUUCGUCUCGUCCAUGCCCGAAAAGCACUCUGAAGAGUCGCCAUUUUCUAGCUUUCUCUCGCUUUCAUCAUAUCUACUUCAGCAUGCCUAUCGAUCAACCAGAGUUGCUCUUUAUGCGGAGACCAACCUUUUCUCCCUACGCAUUCUUGUAGAAGACCCUUUUCUGUGCAAACAGAUUUGCAGCGAUGAGAUGAAACGCCCUGUGCGACUCUGUCGCCAACGUGCACCAUAUCUGCCCCUGAUUCAGGGGGACAGAAUCCUUGCAACUGUCAUAUUCGAUAUUAUGAUUGAUACUAUUAACCACAAUCUCCGCAGGGGGCUUGACGUCAACCUAUAUUGCCACACCAUCUCCAUCCUCCUCCGCCUCCUAACAUACGUCUCCUCAAACAAAACGCGCGUCACUUACCACUGGUCCGAGCUCUGGCGGACCCUCGCAACCCUCACCCGCUUCCUAGCAACCUACUCCGCAGAUCUCCUUUCAAACCCCCAAACCCACAACCUUGCCGCCUCCCUCGCCGACUUAAUCGUAUUCUGUAUUUCCGCUGGUGACACUUUCCUCCCAGACCCAGCCUCCUACGAUGAUCUCUUCUACAAAGUCGUCGAGACGGGUCCCAUUCUCACCCGUUUCAAGGAGAUAUAUAAACCCUCCUUCUCCCCAUCAGCACCAACGUCAACCCCACCAAAAACAACAGGAGCAAAAGUUCCCCCCGUCCCCACUUCCCCCCCCAGCUCCGCCGCCCUCUCCAUCGAUACCCUCAUCAGCGUAGCUUCCCACUUCCACUCCCUUCUCUUCCUUGACGACACGGACAAGAAAACAACACCCGCACCGACAACGGCGAUACCUGCCACUACCACCAACGCUGCCGCCGAAAUCCUAACCAUGGGCAAGAAGAAAAACCUGAGUCCUCGUGAAGUGCAUCAGAUUAUCAAGCAGGGGUAUGACACAUUGAGCAUCCGGUCUCAGGAAGGGUUGAACCUUUGGGAGAAAUGGCGGGAGUCGGAUUGGAAGUCGGAGUUGAAGCGCAUUGCACGCUGCGCGGUUGAGGAUGCGAGAGUCGUUGUGAUGUCGAAGGCGGGACAGGCGCCGGUGCUAGUCGAUACGAGUCUGAGCAGUAGUAAGUAA